AUGAGUCUGUUGGUUACGACUCCUAGUGGCUCGUCAACUAUUUUGCGCUGUGUCACCCAAGGGGAAAUGGCGGAAAGAAUCAUCAAAGAAGUUGAAGAAAAUGAAGUAAUAGAAGUCCGCGGUUAUUUAAGAAAUGAAAAAGACAGCCGACAAAUAAUAACAAAAGUAGUAGAUUUUAAGAAACUUGAGCAGGAUUUUGAUGAAAUUAAUCUUGAAAAUUCUAAUCGAGUGCGAUUACUCGGUAAAAUAAUUACUGAUUUGCAAGGUUCAGAAAAUAAACAAAACUCAGAAGUAUUAUCUUUCAAACUAGCUGUUCCCCGCGAAGGAGUCAAAUCACCACUUUUCUUUUGCCGAGUCCACGGAAAAUUAAUAACCGAAUUUAAUGAAAAAUUAAAAAAAGGUGAUAUUAUUCUCCUGGAAGGAUUUUUACAAACCAAAAAAAUAGAAGAAAGUUUCGGCGAAGAAAAUGAAAAAAA